GUGCUAUUUUUGACUUUGAUUGUUUUUGAUUAAUUUAAAUAAAUCAAAACUAUCAAUAAGGAUUAGAUUAUAAAGUUAAUUAUAACGUGAGUCGCAUAAGUUGUUUAUCGCAUAAAUAUAUGUGAUUAUAAAGUUAAAUUCGAAUAACAUGUUAUUUAUGGUCUUGUCCCUUUGCAUAACCUAUACCUUUUUUUAAAUAACGUGUUCAAUUAUUAAGAACAAAAUAUUUUAUAUGUUAAUGAAGUGUUUAAACUUGUUCAAAUAUUGUUACGGUAUAAUUUUACAAUGUAUUUAGAUUCUAGUUUAAAUUCAGAUACAGAGAUGGAAUGUAACGAUGAAGUAUCUUACGACACAAACAUAAAUCAUAAUUCCUCUGGCGCAGGUAGCAGUAGAGAAUUCUUAACGUUAAAUGAAAAUGAAGAAGAAGAUGAAACGGUAAAGGCUAUAAUUAGAUCUAAGGAAUUACAAAGAAUUCAUCCUCCAACGAUUACAUUGGACGAUUUUAUAGUAGAUAUAUGUUUUCAUCCUGAAAAUGAUAUGAUUGCUGUGGCCAAUAUCCUAGGAGAUGUUAUAUUAUUCAAGUAUACUAAUGAAGAGACGGAACUCGUAUCAACCAUGGAAUUACAUCUCAAAGCUUGCAGAGACAUCGAAUUCAGUCACGAUGGUCAAACACUUUUUUCUACAGCAAAAGACUUAUCUGUAAUGAUUACAGACAUGGAAACUGAAAAGUUAAUAAGAUUAUAUGAAAAUGCUCAUGAGCAACCUGUAUAUACCAUGAAUAUUCUUGGAGAACACGGAUUUGCAACUGGCGAUGAUGAUGGCGUUGUUAAAUUGUGGGAUCUUAGACAGAAAGGUAAUACUCCUAUAUUUUCAAUAAAACAAAUGGAGGACUAUGUUAGCGCUAUGAUUACGAAUAGCGACAAUAAAUAUCUAGUGUGUGCUAGUGGAGAUGGAUCGCUUACAACAAUUAAUAUGCCUGCAAGGAAACUGCAUCUCCAGUCGGAAGAAUACGAAGAAGAAUUUUUAUGCCUUGGUCUAUUUAAAUCAGAGACAAAGCUUUUAGCUGCUAGUAGCAAAGGAAAAAUGUAUGUAUUUAAUUGGGGAGAAUUUGGUCUACAUUCGGAUGAAUUUCCAAGUUUAACGAAAAAAGCUCUAAACUGUCUGAUUCCUAUUACAGAGAAUAUUGUAAUAACUGGCGGUGAGGACGGAAUACUUAGAGCAACAAGUUUAUUUCCACAUCACCAUCUUGGUGUAGUAGGUCAACAUGAUCUUUCUAUCGAAGUGCUUGAUGUUAAUAGCGAUGGUACAUUAAUAGCAUCCUCUUCUCAUAACGACGACAUCAAAUUUUGGAAUGUAGAGUAUUUGGAAACAUUAAAUACUUGUGAGCGUAAAAAGGGUGGUAAACAAAGGCAAAUGAUACAUAAUCUACCAAGUAGUAAGGUUAACAACGCAUCAGAUUUUUUUGCAGAUCUUUGAUCUUUCAUGUUAUUGAUGACUCUCUUCACAGAUUUACCUUUAUUGAUGAUUCAUUUGGCGUAAGUACUCAGGAGCAUGAUAAUGUUGUUGAGCAUGUGCAAGCGAAGGAUGUAUUGGCGGAGGAAAACAACGGACGUGUUCCACACUGGUCGCAUCGCUAUCUCCACUUUUUAAAUACUUAUUUAAUACAGCAAAAAUUUGAGAAUUUAAUACUUGGAAUCUCCUUAUACGAUCAACCAUUCUUUUUAAACGCUGUAAAAAGAAAACAAAGAUAUGAUUAAACUGAACAAGCACAAAAAGAUAAAAUAUAAGAGAAUGUUGAAUAAAAA